AUGAAGUACGUGCUCGCGGCAUUCGCCCUUGUGGCGGUGCCCGUGCUCGGCUUCUUGGAGCCGAUGCCCGCCGUCGGAUCAAAUGAGGAGGUGGCGGAUGUGGAGGCGGAGGAGGCGGUUGCGGAGGUGGAGGAGGCUGUGGAGGAGGAGGUGGAGGAUGUGGAGGCGGAUGCGGAGGCGGCGGCGGCGGUUGCGGAGGAGGAUGUGGAGGUGGAGGCGGUGGAUGUGGAGGAGGCGGUGGUUGCGGAGGAGGCGGCGGAUGUGGUGGAGGAGGUGGAUACGGAGGAGGCGGAGGAGGCUGCGGUGGUGGCGGACCGGCUUCUUCGGGAUACGCGGCAUCUGGUGGAGGCGGCGGUUAUGCUGCCCCAGGUGGUGGUGGCGGCUACGCCGCUCCGAUGGGAGGUGGUUACGCCUCUUCUGGUGGAGGCGGAUAUGCCGGCGCAGCUGGAGGUGGAUAUUCUGCGCCUGUCGGUGGUGGUUAUUCGGCGCCUGCUGGAGGUGGUGGAUAUUCCGCUCCUGCUGGAGGUGGCGGCUACUCAGCUCCUGCUGGAGGUGGCGGGUACUCAGCUCCUGCUGGAGAAAUUUUGCAAUAGCGUGGAUUACUAUGAUACGAUGACGGAUAAAUGCCCUUCAACAUGUCAGCGGUGUCCGCAUGGUGGUGAGACCGGAAGUACGACAAUUGAGCCGGUGAUUUGUCAAGAUAAGGCAACAGACUGUGUUGCAAAAUCGCAACUCUGCAAUCAGCUCCAAUACCGGGAGAUGAUGAAUCGACUUUGCCGUCAAACAUGUGGCAAUUGCGAGCCUGGAUGCUACGAUGCAGCCGCCAAAUGCCCAGAUUGGAAUCGACGUGGCUACUGCUCCUCCUCAAAAUACACGACCCAGCAAAAGAAACAAAUGUGUGCCAAGACCUGCGCCCUCUGU